CGGCUGUGCUGCCGGAAGCCGCGGGACGCGGCCCGGCGCCGGGACGUCAGGGUGAGCAGCCGCAGGCAUGCUGCGCCCCAAGGCUUUGACCCAGGUGCUCAGCCAGGCCAACACUGGAGGCGUCCAGAGCACCCUGCUACUGAAUAACGAGGGAUCGCUGCUGGCCUAUUCAGGGUACGGAGACACAGACGCCCGGGUCACCGCGGCCAUCGCCAGUAACAUCUGGGCCGCCUACGACCGGAAUGGGAACCAGGCAUUUAAUGAAGACAACCUUAAGUUCAUCCUCAUGGACUGCAUGGAGGGCCGUGUAGCCAUCACCCGCGUGGCCAACCUUCUGCUGUGUAUGUAUGCCAAGGAGACCGUGGGCUUCGGAAUGCUCAAGGCCAAGGCCCAGGCCUUGGUGCAGUACCUGGAGGAGCCCCUCACCCAAGUAGCUGCAUCGUAGUGGACACCACUGGUUGCAGCCCAGAAGAGAGAAGAACAUUGUGCAUUGUGGAGGACAAGACUAUGGGGGAAGGCUGGGACCUUGUGUUUUGGCGGGGGAUGGUGUUUAUUUAAUAAUAAACUUUAGCUCUUG